AUGGCCGACUACGAAGAGGAACCUGAUUGCUGCCCUCUGUGUAUGGAGGAGCUGGACAUCACGGACCAGACGUUCAACGCUUGUCCGUGUGGCUACCAGGUGUGUCUCUGGUGUUGGCAUCAGAUCAAGAACGAGUACAACGGCCUGUGCCCCGCUUGUCGCCAGCCCUACGCUGAGCUCUCCAAGCAGAAGAACCCGCUGGACCGCGAAGAAGUGGUACGCCGCACUAAGCAGCGUAAGCAAAAGGAGAAGAACGAGCGGCGUUCAGCAGCGCAGGCCAAACAGGCUACUGUGAACCGCAAGAGUCUCCAGAACGUGCGGGUUAUGCAGCGUAACCUGGUUUACGUUAUCGGGCUACCCGUGCACUUCGCCGAAGAGGACAUUCUACGCUCUAACGAGUGCUUCGGCCAGUACGGGAAGAUCGUUAAGGCUGUGGUGAACAAGAGUCACUUGAAUACGGACAGAGCCAACGCCACGGCCAGCGCCUACAUCACGUUCGCCAAUAAGGAGGACGCUCUGUGCUGUAUUGUGGCAAUAGACGGAUACUAUCUGGACGGCAGUUUACUACGAGCGUCGUUCGGAACCACCAAGUACUGCAAUUUCUUUCUGCGUAAUAUGCAGUGUAACAAUCCUGAUUGUUUGUACUUACACGAACUGGGAGACGAGGACGAUAGCUUCACGAAGGAGGAGAUGCAGUCUGCUUUACAUUCUGGGAAGGCGUUCCGGGAUAUGUCGAUGGCAAAUGGACAGAUACAAGAGCGAGAAGGCUCACGGUUUCCGCCGCCACAUAGACCUCAUGCACCGACCAGAACUGCCUCGGCAGCGAAUGUUAGAGCUCCGUCUCCAGCACGAGGGACGACACUGGUCAGAUCACACAGCGAAGACACACAACGACAUGCACAGAGCGCAGCGGCGAUAUCGAAACUCAGACAGGCCGCAGGGGACAGCAGCAAUAGUUCAGGGUCUUCGUCUCCGGAUCGUAUUGACAGAACAGCACACAACACAGAAUACCCCCCACUGUCGAGGGGACAUUCGUAUAGCAAUAUCGUAGCAGGUGGACACAGCAGUAGCAGUUAUGCAGCGUCAGCUCCAGCAUCAGCGUCAGUUCCAGUUGAUCCUGUACCAAACAAGAAGCCAGACUUACGGGUAGAUACAUCACGAGAAGAAGACAAGAAACAAGCAGUGGAAACGGUGGUAGGUCCAUUAGAAGCUCUGAAAUUGGCGACAGGGUCAUCGACAGAGCAGCCGGCAUGGGCACAACCGUUCCCGACGCCCGUAGUAUCCCAGAACGAGAGUGAAGAGACGAAUACUGGAGACAGCAGUGCAGGCGUUUACAGUCCAUUUGGACUUGGAUUCGACGGCGGCAUCCGACGUGCUAGCAGUGCGAAAGAACUCACGUCAAAGACCCCAGUAUCUGGCGAUGUGUGGGGAUCGUCGACCACAACUAACACUACGCUCGACUCGUUCCCGUCUGCUGCUCCAGCGAUGUCUGCGUCUGCAAGUUCCUCGUCGUCAUUUGCAUCGAUCGAUGCGAUUUUCAGUCAGCAUAACGACUCGUCCGAGGCACUUGCAGGCCUGCUAGGUGUCCAGUUAUCUUCCAACCCGUUGGCACAACCGCUAGCUGCGCCGACUAAGGAUGGACAUACCUCUCGUUUUUCAUUCGCAAACCCUGCAGAUUCUGGCCGUAUGCAGACGACGGCCCACUACGAAUUACUGGACGGAACGACAGUGAAUAACAGGAGCUCAUUCGGUGGAUUUGACGCUCCACGUUCUGGAAAUGCUUCGACUUCUUCAGGAUUCCCAGCGACGGACAGGUCCGGGUUCCCACCACUUGGAAGCUCUCAGCACCACAUGCCACCGCCGCAUCCUUCCAGAAGUUCGUUCAGUAGUGACUUCCGCAGCAACGACCUGCCUCUCGGUGGUAGCAGCGCUCUAGGUGGCGAGUCUGGCGGCCUGGCGUUCCUUCAGCAGAUGCUACCGAAUGUGAACAUCAGCUUUGGAGGGAACUACCCUAGUUUAUCUGGAUCGGAACCGAGCGGAGUGGACGCCACGACUAUACCUACUCGCAGUGCGAGUACUGGGCGUGGGCGUAACACUGGUCGUCGGCUUUUCGAGCGCAGCCAGAGCGCUGGUGGUGGAUUGGUCUCGCCUGAUUCGUGGGACGGUGGAAGUCUGAGCUCGCUGGGGUUCGACGGACAGUCCAGCGCUCGACGAGCAUCCAGUGGGUCGUCGUUUUAUGAUCCGGCCUUGGUUCCGCAGUCGUCCAGUGGACUCUCUAGCAACGUUUACGGCUUUAAUUCCGCAGGUUCGAUGACCCAGAAUGACGGCGAUUUCGGUGGCGAUGCAUACCGCCGCUCAGGCUCGUUGGUCAACAACAGUUAG